AUGGCGGUCAGCACAAUUCUCAUUGCCCGUCAUGGCUAUAGAUCAAACUGGUUACCUCCCCCACAUCCCCCAAACCCCACGGGCAUUGACAGUGAUCCUGUGUUGGCUCCACAUGGAGUCGACCAGGCCAUCGAAUUGUCGCAGUAUUUGGGAUCGCUUUCUGAAAAUGACAGGCCCCAGUUUAUUGUGUCUUCCCCAUUCUACAGAUGCGUGGAAACAUCCCAGCCCGUGGCCCGUGCUCUUGGCUUGAAGGUUGCCAUCGAUAGAGGGGUGGGCGAAUGGUUCAAAACAGACAGAGGCGUGGUGCCAAUUCCAGCCGAUUAUGCUCGGCUCGGCCAAUUUUUCCCCGAGGUCAUUGCCAGCGAAGCAACGUGGGCAGGCUCUGGGGUGAUACCUUCGUAUAAGGGGGAAACCCCCGAUGACAUCUUCCGCAGAUGCCAGCAAUUUUGUGCUGAGUUCUUGCCAAAAUUCGAGGCGCAAUACCCUGAUGUAUCCACGCUUUUGAUAGUGACCCAUGCUGCCACCAAGAUUGCGCUCGGCAUGUCUCUUUUGAAACACAAUUCUGUGAACGAGGAGAUAACGUUCGGCGGCGAAAAGACAAAAUUGCGUGCCGGAGCCUGCUCUCUAGACAAGUAUGUCCGGGAACGGGAAUCGUGGGUCCUCAAGGAAAAUGGCCGCACGGACUUCUUGAAAGACGGCGAAGAAAUGAACUGGAAUUUCGAUGUCAAGUUUGAAGCCGGCUCUGAUGAGGACAUCAAGGCUAGAAACGAAGCUGCCAAGCUCGCAGAGCUGUCAGAGUCCCCAUCUAAAAUAGAUCCCGAAACAGAGGAGGAAGCAUACGAGGACCUAUAUUUUGCAAUCGAUGUGCCUGUUGUGGCACCUUCCUUCUAUGACGAGCUGCACCGAGACAAUAAUAGAGAGAGAGACGGGCUAAGUGACCAGUUGCUCAUCAACCCUAAUGCAAAAUUACAGAUCACAGAACUAGACCACGAAACACCGCUCUACAAGAUAUCAGACAAUGCAAAUGUAGCGGCAGAUCCUGAAAGCAUGCUUUUCAGUAACUUGAGCGCGAUCGAUGGGCAGAUUUACAAGACUAAUUGGAGUCGACUACUAGGAACUGAGUUGAUUUUUGACGAAUACGGGGAAUUGGUAGGCACCGUGAGAGAGCAUCUUGUUACUGACACAUCAGUGAAGGUCAAGUCGAAACCGUCGGAUAAGGAAGCCAACAGUCAGACCGAAACAGAUACAAUGGAUAAUUCGGACCUGAAGACUGCUUUUUUGAAGAAAGCAAUGGCGGCGGCAAGAUCGAAAAACACUUGA